CUACUUUGAAGACACGGGAGAAGGGCUCAUUCUCUUGCUCCCUUAGGCAGAGGCAGCGGAGAGGGAGCACUGCAACGUCGGGCUCGUCGGUUCAGGAGGCAGACAAGGUUUAAUCAAUGAAGGUGCAUGGAAAAAUAAAAUAGCCGGCACAGCGAUCCGAGAGAACCCCGGACAGAAGGAGCGAUAGGCUUUGUCGGGGUAGAGUUCCUCGUUCAAUUUUUUUUUUAUUGCCAAGUGAUAAAUAGACAAUCUUAUUUUUUCGAAGAUGGGUAACCGAGGGAUGGAGGAGCUAAUUCCUCUGGUUAAUAAACUUCAGGAUGCCUUUUCAGCGAUCGGACAAAAUGCCGACCUGGAUCUGCCCCAGAUCGCCGUUGUCGGCGGACAGAGUGCGGGGAAAAGCUCCGUUCUGGAGAACUUCGUCGGGAAGGACUUCCUGCCCCGUGGAUCUGGCAUUGUGACCAGGCGUCCCCUUGUGCUCCAGCUCAUUAACUGUCUGACAGAGUAUGCCGAGUUCCUGCACUGUAAAGGAAAGAAGUUCGUUGACUUCGAGGAGAUACGGCAGGAGAUCGAAGCUGAAACCGACCGCAUCACAGGAAGCAACAAGGGCAUCUCCUCUGUCCCCAUCAACCUGCGAAUUUAUUCUCCAAAUGUCUUAAACCUGACUCUUGUGGAUCUUCCUGGGAUGACAAAGGUACCAGUGGGUGACCAACCUGCAGAUAUCGAGCACCAGAUCCGGGACAUGCUCAUGCAGUUUGUCACUAAGGAGAAUUGCCUGCUGCUGGCUGUGUCCCCUGCCAACUCUGACCUUGCCAAUUCAGAUGCCCUCAAGAUUGCCAAAGAAGUUGACCCACAAGGUCUCCGCACCAUUGGUGUCAUCACAAAGCUGGAUCUGAUGGAUGAAGGCACAGAUGCUCGGGACAUUCUGGAGAACAAACUCCUGCCAUUGCGUCGAGGUUACGUUGGUGUGGUGAACAGGAGCCAGAAGGAUAUCGAUGGAAAGAAGGACAUCGGCGCUGCUCUUGCAGCGGAGAGGAAGUUUUUUCUGUCCCACCCUUCAUAUCGACACAUGGCAGACCGCAUGGGCACACCCUACCUGCAGAAAAUUCUCAAUCAGCAACUGACCAAUCACAUUCGGGAUACUCUACCAGGGCUUCGCAACAAGCUUCAGAGUCAGCUUCUCUCUAUCGAAAAAGAAGUAGACGAAUACAAAAACUUCAGGCCCGAUGACCCAUCCCGUAAAACCAAAGCCUUGCUGCAGAUGGUUCAACAGUUCGCUGUGGACUUUGAGAAGAGAAUCGAGGGCUCCGGAGACCAAAUCGACACCUAUGAGCUCUCUGGAGGCGCACGAAUCAACCGCAUCUUUCACGAACGUUUUCCCUUCGAGCUGGUCAAAAUGGAGUUUGAUGAGAAAGAACUCCGCCGAGAGAUCAGCUAUGCCAUCAAGAACAUCCACGGCAUCAGAACUGGCCUCUUCACCCCGGACAUGGCCUUUGAGACCAUUGUGAAAAAGCAGAUUAAGAAGAUAAAAGAGCCGUGCCAGAAAUGUGUGGAUAUGGUCAUUUCUGAGCUUAUCAAUACCGUUAGGCAAUGUACCAAGAAGUUGGGGCAAUAUCCACGACUACGUGAAGAGAUGGAGCGCAUUGUAACCACACAUAUCAGGGACCGGGAGAGCAGAACCAAAGAUCAGGUAAUGCUGCUUAUAGACAUUGAGCUGGCCUACAUGAACACGAACCAUGAAGACUUUAUUGGAUUUGCCAAUGCACAGCAAAGGAGCAGCCAGAUGAGCAAGAAGAAAGCUUCUGGAAAUCAGGAUGAGAUCAUGGUGAUUCGGAAGGGCUGGCUCACCAUCAAUAACAUUGGAAUCAUGAAAGGAGGUGCCAAAGAGUACUGGUUUGUGCUGACUGCGGAGACUUUGUCUUGGUACAAAGAUGAUGAGGAAAAAGAAAAGAAGUAUAUGCUCCCUGUGGACAACCUGAAGCUCAGGGAUGUAGAAAAAGGAUUCAUGUCCAGCAAGCACAUCUUUGCCCUCUUCAACACUGAGCAAAGGAAUGUGUACAAGGAUUACCGGCAGUUGGAGUUGGCCUGCGAGACUCAGGAAGAAGUUGACAGCUGGAAAGCGUCAUUUCUUCGUGCCGGCGUCUAUCCGGAGCGCAUUGCGGAAAAGGAUAAACAAAGCGAAACUGAGGAAAAUGGAUCAGACAGCUUCAUGCACUCCAUGGAUCCCCAGCUGGAGCGUCAGGUGGAGACCAUUCGCAACCUGGUAGAUUCCUACAUGGCAAUCGUCAACAAGACAGUGCGAGACCUCAUGCCCAAGACAAUCAUGCACCUCAUGAUCAACAACACAAAGGAGUUCAUUCAUGCUGAGCUGCUGGCCAACCUGUACUCAUGCGGUGACCAGAACACGCUGAUGGAGGAGUCUGCUGAACAGGCCCAACAUCGCGACGAGAUGCUGCGCAUGUACCACGCUCUCCGUGAGGCACUGAGUAUCAUCGGCGACAUCAACACCACCACCUUCAGCACACCACUACCACCCCCAGUUGACGACUCCUGGCUGCAGGUCCAGAAUCAGCAAUCUGGAAGGAGAUCUCCAACCUCAAGCCCCACGCCCCAGAGAAGAGCCCCCGCAGUGCCUCCCUCCAGGCCUGGCUCAAGAGGACCUGCUCCUGGCCCCCCUCCAGCCGGAGCUCCACCUGUGCCCUCCCGUCCGGGAGCAUCACCUGACCCGUUUGGCCCUCCUCCACAAGUCCCAUCCCGACCCAACCGCGCUCCCCCAGGUGUUCCAAGAAUUACAAUCAGUGACCCAUGAGGACUAACGCUAAUGGGAGUCAGCAGGCAACAACCAACCAGCCUAAAGGAGAUCUUUUACCAGCUUCCCCUGUGGCCUGUCCUGUGUUCUUUAGUACUAAGAGUGUUCUUGAGCCAAUAAACAAAAUUAUAACACGUAGCUUCAAAGCGUUAUUCUAGAGCUGCCAGAUCACCAUCUCCCUACAGACUCGUAAACCCUGGAUUGUCCUCAGAAGUGAGACGUUCAUCUUCGCAGACUCUUAUUGUUGGCUGUGUGCAGCAUGACCGUGUUAAGUAGCUGGGGUUUGUGUCGUGCAGUUACUGUGUUCUGUAAUAAUGUGUUAUGUUUUGAUGCUGUAUCAGUCUUUGGUUCCAUCUAUGUGACUCCAAAAAGACUUCAUGAAACAAAAGAAACGAACAAGAAUCUCACUUCAUUACGGAGAAGGCCAAUUAGAAGGUACAGCCGUAAAGUGGCAUCGACUCCUUCAAUGAGAUAAGACUCGAGAGCCAAGGAGCGAUGGCGGGGUCGUUGGGCAAACGUUUUCGGUCACUUGGACAGUUACAUUAUGUUAUUGUGUAAAGAUCACCAAAAAAAAAAACACAAGAGUGGACACGGUGGUUACUUGUGGCUUUUACUGUAGGUAGCCAGUGGGUGGGCAGUGGCAGGACUCGGUUGUCCUUGAUUUUUGGGUUCAUCUGACAUAUCAAACUGGCAUGUGCUGAAUCGCUUCCAAGGAUGUGCACUUUCAUUUUUUCAUUUUUUUUCCCCCCUUUCUUGAAUCAUGCUCAGAGAAGAAAAAGUUUUCUUUGUAACGAAGUACAGAACUCAUUUUAAACGGAAACAAAACUUACUGCGGCCUACCGUAUCGUAGACUGCUGGUCAAACAUUUCAGGAGACUGUAAUUCAGGAUUUUUUUUAACUUCAGAACUGUGCAGGUCAAGUCAUUUCCACGCCAUUAGUUUAGAAUCGAGUUUUAUUUGUUUGGUUAC